CGUGCGCGGGGCGCCGGGCGGCCGCGGCGGGUGGCUGCCGGCUCUCCCCCAAAGUUUUUGGAUCCGCGUCUCCUCAUGAUGUAUGGAUGAUAUAUUGCAUUGUGGGUGUCAAUAUAACUGACGGCCAUAUUUGCCGGUGCUGCUACUGCUGUAAACAACCCAAAGUGUCUGGGAGACACGGAGACGCUUCGCUGAAUUUCAGGACGCUUCUCCUCCUCCCGCUGGCCAUGUCUCUGGGAAUGUCUUACAAGCCCAACUUGAACGCCCACAUCCCCGGGACUCCCCUCAACCCGGCUGGGGGUGUUCACUCUCCCUCCACAAGCAUGGCAACAUCAGCACAGUACAGACAGCUCAUAAACGACUACGGCCCCCCAUCCCUAGGCUACACACAAGGGAUGCAGGGCACCAGCAGCAGUCAAGUACCACAGAGCAAAUAUGCAGAACUUCUAGCUAUCAUAGAAGAAUUAGGAAAAGAGAUUAGACCUACAUAUGCUGGGAGUAAAAGUGCCAUGGAGAGGCUAAAAAGAGGCAUCAUCCAUGCCAGAGGAUUGGUGCGGGAGUGCCUGGCCGAGACGGAGCGGAACGCGAGGUCCUAGCCCAGCUUCAGGGCAAGGCUCUCCUUCUCCCCAUGAAGAAAGAGUAACACUUCUUCUUUUUGACUCUUGAAACAUUCACACAAACUCCUUUAUUUUGAAUGUUUUACCGUUCUUGUUUUGCCCUUGCAAAAAUGUACAGUUAAAGAAUGAGGGAAAAAAAAAACCACCAAGGAUUUUUCACCUUACUGAGGGUUUGCAUUUUCUAAAGACAUUAAAACUCCCUAAAAUGUUUCUAAAACAUGGAAACUGAAGUGCAUGCAGAGGAAUGCUCUUUCUCUCCCAGGCUAUAUUUCAGUUCUCUUCUUAUCCAGCCACAGCCUCAUUCUGUUUUUUGUUUUUCCUUUGACUAUGUUCACUUAUCCCCAAAACGUCAAUCUUUCAAAGUUUGACAUAAGCUCUAAGGAUUUUUUU